UGUUGGCAGCAUUGCCUGGCAUGACUUUACACAACAAAACUGACAGAAGACUAAACGACUUAAAGCAAAAUCAUCGCAAAAUUCUAGUUCUAUAAAGAAAAUUAAAGUAAAAGAAAUAUGGCCGGAGCUACUUUGUUUGAAAGAGCCCAAGCUUUGUCAAAUGUCAACCGUGAAGAGGGCAUUUCACUCUUGAAUAAAAUCAUACGCGAACAGGAAGUAGCCGAAAAUGAUGAAGAACUCAUACGCAUCAAGGAACAGGGCAUUCUGCAAUUGGGCGAGCUCUACAAACAGGAGGGCAAAGCCAAGGAAUUGGCCGAUUUGAUAAAAGUAACCCGCCCAUUCUUAAGUCUGAUUAGUAAAGCUAAGGCAGCCAAGUUGGUGCGUUCUUUGGUGGAUAUGUUCCUGGAUAUGGAUGCAGGAACUGGCAUUGAGGUACAACUGUGUAAGGAUUGCAUUGAAUGGGCCAAACAGGAAAAACGUACCUUCUUGCGUCAAAGCUUGGAGGCCAGAUUAAUUGCUCUAUACUUUGACACUGGCAUGUACACAGAUGCUUUACAAUUGGGCUCACAGCUUUUGAAAGAAUUGAAAAAACUCGAUGACAAAAAUCUGCUUGUGGAGGUUCAGUUAUUGGAAAGCAAAACCUAUCAUGCUCUAAGUAAUUUGCCAAAAGCUCGCGCCGCUCUAACAUCGGCCCGUACCACAGCCAACGCCAUUUAUUGUCCACCUAAAGUGCAGGCCUCGUUAGAUCUACAGUCUGGUAUACUGCAUGCAGCCGAUGAAAGAGAUUUUAAGACCGCCUUUUCCUAUUUCUAUGAGGCCUUUGAGGGUUUCGAUAGUGUGGACAAUGGAAAGGCUCUGACUGCUCUCAAAUAUAUGUUGUUGUGUAAAAUUAUGUUGGGCAAAUCGGAUGAUGUCAAUCAAAUUGUUAGCGGUAAAUUGGCUAUUACAUAUUCCGGUCGCCACAUCGAUGCCAUGAAAUCCGUUGCCGAGGCUUCACACAAACGCUCUUUGGCUGACUUCCAACAGGCCUUAAAAGAUUACCACAAAGAAUUGGCCGAAGAUGUUAUUGUUCAGGCCCAUUUGGGUACACUCUACGAUACAAUGUUAGAACAAAAUCUUUGUCGUAUCAUUGAGCCCUAUUCCCGAGUGCAAGUUUCCCAUGUCGCUGAAUGCAUUAAACUACCCAUGCCACAGGUGGAAAAGAAAUUAUCACAAAUGAUUUUGGAUAAGAAAUUCCUGGGUAUAUUGGAUCAAGGUGAAGGAGUUCUAAUCGUUUUUGAAGAGACCCCCACCGACAAAACCUACGAACGUGUUUUAGAAACAAUUCAGAAUAUGGGCAAAGUUGUUGAUACUCUCUAUCAGAAGGCUAAGAAAUUGUCAUAGACAUUAAUCACUGUCCCCCCAUUCCUAAAAUAUUUAAUCAAUCACAAACAAAAUUAAGUUUUUUCUAAACGGAAGGAAAUAUGUAACAUUUAUUACAACAUUUUCAAACCAUUCAAAAAGCAGGCUUUUAGAUACUCUCAUAUUACUUUAUUAUAUUUUUUUUUUGUUUUCCAAUAUCUAAGUUUUUUUUUUGUUUCAAGUAGAAGUGAACGGUAUUCAAAUGUUUUUAUAUCAAGCAAGCCACCACGAAACCCCAACCAACCCAAAAACAACAAAAUAAAAUCAAUUUAUCCCA